AUGGCCAAGGCCAAACAGGCUGCAGUGGCAGAGACUUGGGUCUUCCGGGCCACAGGCGCACGUGUGCCCGCGUGUGUGCUCGUGCUGGGCCUGCAGCCUCUUGCACGUCCCCAGCCCCAGCUCAAGCUGAAGAUCAAGCUGGGCGGGCAGGUCCUGGGCACCAAGAGCGUGCCAACCUUCACGGUGAUCCCCGAGGCACCGCGCUCCCCCUCCCCACUCAUGGUGGUGGAUGAUGAGGAUGAGCCCAUGGAGGGCGUCCCCAUUGAGCAGUACCGGGCCUGGCUGGAUGAGGACAGCAACCUGGAGCCCUCUCCUCUGCCUGACCUGGACGCUGAGAGCUGCUUCCCCGCCCGUGAGGAGGAGGAGGAGGAGCGCUGGCUGGAUGCGCUGGAGAAGGGCGAGCUGGAUGACAAUGGCGAGCUCAAGAAAGAGGUGGACGAGUCCCUGCUCACCGCCAGACAGAAAGAGCUCCUGCACAAGCAGCAGAGCCAGCCGCUGCUGGAGCUGCCCAUGGGCUACAAGGCCAAGGCGCUGACCGAGGAGAUGCUGGUGAAGCGGGAGGAACGGGCCCGUAAGCGGCGCCUACAGGCGGCCAAGAAGGCCGAGGAGAACAAGAACCAGACCAUCGAGCGCCUCACCAAGACCAGCAAGGCCAAGGUGACGGCGCUGCGGGAGCGCCGGGCCCGCCCCGCACCCUGUCCCAUGGUGCGCUACUGCAGCCGCGCCGACGGUGCCGCUCUGUGCUUCCCGCCUGGUGUCGCUUCGCCCCUGGUGCCCUGCGCUGCGCCUGCCCCGCCCCUGCCCACCCUCUGCGGCGUGCGUGGCUGCCCCAACCCCCGGCGCUACGCCUGCUCCCGCACCGGCCUGCCGCUCUGCAGCCUCGCCUGCUACCGCAAGAACCUGCUGCUGCAGGAGGCGGCUGCCUAGCGCCCGCGCUGACGACCCAGGGAGGGGGCCGCCCCGCAAGGAUGGACGCUGUGCCCGGGGCUGGCCCCGUGACGGCACGAGGCGCGAUGAGUCCUGCGUAGGCCGGCCGUUGGACGAUAGACGGUGCGAGCCGGCACGGCUGGGGGUCGUGUCGCCGCUCCCGGCCCUGGAGCCUGUCCUGCACAAGUGUCUACUGGCGGGGCCCCCGGCUGGCACUCCCGUGGGUCUGCUCACAGCCACCCCUUGGCAGCAGCGGCGCUGCCAGAGCGCGCGGAGAUCCCGCUCCCCCUGCCCAGCAGAGGAACGGCAAGGCGGCAGCCCAGCUCCCCGUGGGGCAGCCCCGGGCUGCCAAAUAUCCCUGCUGCCGCGGCCGCGGGCCCGGGGGCAGCCGGGCACAGCGGGAAGGUGCUGGCAGCUGUGGACGUGGGGGCGGAGGCGGGAGGCCGAGCGUGGAGAGCUGCAGUCGGGGGGCCUAGGGGGCCUGAGGACUUAGGGACCCCCUCUGUGCUGCCCCCAGGGCCCUCCUGCCCGGACCCCGGCUCGCGUCGUGUCCCCCGCUGCCCCGCACGGGGCCGGCGCCUGUGACUCCCCGCUGGGUUCAUUAAAGGCACAUGGAAAGUCUCUGUCCUCUCGGCGCGGGUCUGCGGUACCUCGCUCCCCCACGGGCUUGGAGGGCGGGGGCCGUCCCAGAGCCGGUGCCGGUGCCAGCCCCGCUCGGCCUGCGGGGGAGCGCCGCCCUGGACCGGGGCACCUGCGCUGGAGCCCAGUAGCA